AUGACUUUUCAGGAGGCGGUUGAAAGACUAAAAACUUUUGAAGAUAGAUUAAAAGAAAAAGCAGAAUAUUCAACAGAAAAUCAGAAUAAUCUCAUGUUCACACAAAGUGAACAAACCUCAUAUCAUAGGUCUUCUAGCAGCAGUAGGGGACGUGGUCGUGGUAGAGGUGGUUCAUCUAAUAGAGGUCGUGGACGAGGUUUAGGUCAAGCUCGAAACCAGGAAGCUAGCCAAAGUCGAGAUACAAAGGGAUUUGGCCAAAGCAAUAAUCGACCAAAACCAAAGAAAGACAAAUCUGAAAUUCAAUGCUUGAGAUUUUUUUUGAAUGAAGAAAAAGUGAUCCCCACCAAGUUCAAAUCCAAGGAUAAGGAGGAAAACCCAUGGUAUUUAGAUAACGGAGCUUCUAAUCAUAUGACAGGGAACAAAUCACUAUUUUUAGAAUUGAAUGAACGUGUAACUGGUAAAGUUCGUUUUGGUGAUGAUUCUCGUGUAGAUAUUGCUGGAAAGGGUUCCAUUGUAUUUAAAACGAAAAUUGGAGAACAUGUAGUAUUGAUGGAAGUUUACUAUAUCCCGAGUGUUUACUCUAACAUUAUCAGUUUGGGUCAACUUACAGAGACGAGUUGCAAAAUUGUUAUGGAAGAUGAUGUGUUGCUAGUUUAUGACAGAGCUAAAACUCUAAUGAUAAAGGUAUUAAGUGCUAGUAACCGGUUGUACAAGAUCAAUCUACAAGUAGGGUCACCGGUGUGUUACUAUCAAAACUUGAUGAUGAUUCGUGGCUUUGGCAUGCUCGUUUAG